AUGGCAAGAAGAAAGAGAAAAACCGGACUGAAUUCACGGCAACCGAACACAACGCGCGUUAACGGACAACGGAUACGGAUUGCAACGUUAAAUGUGGGAAUGACAGAAUAUUAUCGGAUGCCACCAAAGUACGAAACCGAAGACUACGAUCGUUGCCUUUACUCGACCUCACAUUAUUCUUUAUAUUGCGGCGUCAAAACCAUCAUUAAACCUGAUUGGAAUAACGAAUAUUGGAACUUAAUUUGGAAAUACUCAAAAAAUACAAAACAAAAUUACCGUCACGACAUUAUUCUUCAUGGCUUUUGCGUGACUUGGUGUCUCGAACGCUUAUCCAACGGAAAUUAUGAUGAAUUUUAUCUGCCAGAAUUUAAAACGAAUCGAACUGUUUAUGGAACUGAUCCGACGUUGCUCAACGAUACGCUGUACUUCCGCGAGCUGUACGGCAGAGACGUGAAUAAAUGCAUAAAUAUCGGAUUGAAGCGAAAAUAUGGCCUGAUGGGAUAUUCAAGCAUCGAAUUUUGCAAUUCGAAUCAAGAAGUGGCGCAAUAUGACUUUUUGGACUAUUUUUUCAUGGUGAUUUUGGUAGCGAUUGUCGCUACGGUGACAGCUGGAACGUAUUUUGAUAAAAGUAUGAAUCCGAAAGAGACGAUGGAUCAUUACAAGAAAGAUGUGGAGAAUGUUGGGUUGGGAACGAGAGUUUUGUUGUCAUUUUCACUGCCGCGGAACUGGUAUCGGCUAGUAACGCCAUCGAAAACGACAAUUGGACGCGAUUUGCGGUACGUUCAGGGAUUGAGAGUGGUUACGAUGUUUGGCGUUGUUUAUGGUCACGUCUUUUUGGGAUAUAAUUUUGCGCCUGCCAUUAAUCCAGAGUACAUUGAACAACGUUACCACAGCAUCUGGUCCAUGGUGAUGUUAAACGGAAUGACGGUAGUCCAGACAUUUUUCACCAUUUCCGGCUUCCUUCUCACCGUGCAAUUUGUCGAGAUGACGCAACAAUUCAAACGCCAAAACUGGAAUCCAAGCUAUUUCUGGAUCGCCAUCUUUUAUCGUUACAUCCGCUUGACUCCCGUUUACGCCUUGAUGGUUCUCUUCGACGCCACGUGGCUCGUGCGAACAAAUUCAGGUCCCGGCUGGAAACGCACCGCCUGGAUCGAACGUUCCUACUGCCGUCGCAACUGGUGGACCAACUUGCUGUACAUCAACAACUACGUCAAUGUUCCGGAAACGUGUUUGCCGCAAUCGUGGUUCCUCUCAGCCGACUACCAAUUAUUUGCGGUAGCGCUAAUUGUGCUCAUCGUCAUCUGGCGCUACCCGAAAAAGAUGAAAGUCAUAAUGGGCAGUUGUUUGGCCGUCGCUUAUGCAAUACCGUUUUUUGUCACAUACUUUGGCGAAUACGAGGGAACGUAUAUCGUUCCACCAGAAGAGCGAAAGUUCAUGAAUCAACAUCGGGAGUUCCGCGACAACUAUUCGGGGGCACAUUUGAGUGCGGGAAAUUAUUUUGUGGGAAUUCUCAUUGGACUCAUGUAUCACGACUUCAAGAAACGCAAUUUGGAUGUGCGGAAGAACAAGUGGAUGUUGCUCACGUGGUACAUUUAUCCGUUUGUUGGGUAUUUAAUGGUGCUGUCGUCAUAUCUGUUUUACGCUUAUGACUUUGAGAAACCCAGUAUUUGGAUGUCGCUUUAUUCUGUCGUCACCAAAAAUAUGUGGGGAGCGUUCGGAGCUAUAUUGAUGUUUGGAUUUGUCGGAAAAUUGGGAUCUGUCAUCACCACCAUUUUCAACUCACCGAUUUUUCAACCUCUCGGUCGCAUCGUUUACUGCAUUUACCUCGUGCACUUUUCCGUGGCUCGUUAUCUCGCUGGCGAUGUUCGUGGCAAAGUUUACAUCAGUGGAACGAAUAUUUUCAACUCUGUGCUAAGCACUUACCUACUUUCGACUGUUUUUGGUCUCAUUUUGUGUUUGAUGUUGGAAUUCCCGAUGACAGCAUUGCUCAAGGAAAUUUUGAAGAAAAGUGGCAAGAACUUGAGAGACGAAGAAGCGGAAGAUGAGAGAGAAAAAAUUAAGGCUGUGACUCCAGAAAGGGAUGAAAUGAACAAUAUCAAAGACACCGAACUCACAAAAGUCUAA